AUGCUUCUCGAUCUAUCAUCCAGCACUCCAAAACGCAAUACUCUGACUGCUCCUUUGGCUGCUCCACCUGUGAAGGUGGUGACGGUUAGUCGGGGCAAACUCAGUAACAUCUCGACUUUCCGCACCAAAACAAGGCAUGCCAUUCGUUUUGAAUUUGACAGCGUUGAACCGUGGCACGAUUUCGAGUUUGUUAUGCAAAAGAACCUGUUUCGUAUAAGACAUUUCGAUAGAAACGCGUGGGAACUGAGCUUGGACUCUCAAUUUGCUUCCAAAAAUGGCACCUCGCUGUCGGCUGUACUGGAGAAGAACAAUAUCCAGGCCAACUUUCUGUCGGUUCCCCCAGCUGGCCAGGUAGGUUCCAGCGAUUUGAGUGUUACGCUGAAUGGCGGGAGCCGUCCAGUACUUGUUGGUCUUCACAAACCCAAAUCUAAAAUAAGUCGACGAUAUGAUGCUUCGAAGUUGUGCAAGUUGUAUACUACUCCAGAAAAUGAACUGAGUGAGAGUGACAAGAGCUAUGUCUGCGCGGUACAUGAAAUCGCUAGCCUACUUUUAGUGAACGAUCUCAGGAUGGGCUAUGUGUCCACUUUUGGGUUCACGCACUUUCUAAUGAUCUCUAACAGUGAUGAGGGUAAAGGUCUUAAACUCUCAGUUUCGGGCCCGAUACCAGGUGAUAAAUCAACGGCGUCAUUGAUGGCUUUGGUGCUCGAAGCAUACUUUAAGACACCAUACAUCAACUUCCAUAAGGGAUUUGAACUGAGCGCGGAAACCCGUCCGGAUCCACCUCUGCAUAUGAUUUCACAAUCAGCUGCUGUGCCUGGUAAGGUGAGAUGGUGGGUUGUGAACAAGCUCAAUGCUCUGCGCUAUUUUGUGUGUCUCAAUUCGCCAGCUGGUGGUUGUUAUUAUUUCAACCCCACAUUUGGAAUCUACCUUGGUACCAUUUAUGAGGUAGCGCAACCUGGUCUUCAGCAAACCGCGAUUUUCAAGGUAGCCUCAGGAAGUCAAGCCCAUAUCGAGAUUAUGAAGAAUGAGGCAUCAAUGUUUGAGUAUCUUAAUAGCAAGCAUCUCAAUGUUCUACCUCAGCGCAUAGUUUAUGGCCGUUUGGACGUCACGUAA